AUGACAUGUGAUCCAUGUUUUGAUUGCAUACACAAUCAUCGUAAUGAAUAUCAAGUAGUAUCUUCCGUAUGUCUGCGUACGAAUCAUUGGCACGCUCAAAAUAACAACGCUCGCGUAAAAAUCGCGUUGGUACUAUCACAAGUAGUGGAUGCUCCAGUGAUCCAGGUGUCCUCUUUUGGUCCGAUGAACUUCAACGUAGAAACGAUGGGAUCUGCAAUGCACUUGUUCUUAUAUCCAAAUCACAUGCGACAACGUUUGUACAAUAUGACAACUUGGGAGAAACUGUUGGAACUCUACAAUAUUUUUCGAAUAGAAAAAGCUAUAGAAGAAGUAGAAGAAGCAGAAAAUGUGAUGGGUAAGAGGUUGUUUGGACCUAAUACCAAGACUAUCAGUGAAUUGAAAGAUAAUGUUCAAAUGUUGUUCUUGAAUAUACAUCCUCUUUGGGAAGGGAAUCGUCCAGUGCCUCCUAGUGUUAUUUAUAUGGGUGGACUGCAUCAGAAACCAGUGAAAGAACUACCUACGGACCUUAAAACGUAUUUAGACUCAUCAAAGAACGGUGUAAUAUACAUCAGCUUUGGCACAAACGUCCAGCCUUCACUGCUACCUCAGGACAAAAUCAAAAUAAUAGCCAAAGUGUUCUCUCAGCUGCCUUACGAUGUUCUAUGGAAGUGGGACAAGGACGAAUUGCCAGGACGCUCUAAAAAUAUCAGGAUAUCAAAAUGGCUGCCACAGUCUGAUUUGCUCAGGCAUCCAAAAAUCAAGUUAUUUGUAACACAAGGAGGUCUACAAUCAACGGACGAGGCUAUAACUGCAGGAGUACCUCUAUUGGGGGUUCCAUUUAUAGGAGACCAAUGGUACAACACAGAGAAAUAUGAACACCAUGGAAUUGGUAUUAAAGUUGAUUUUUCUACUUUAACUGAAGACAUUUUCAAGAAAGCUAUCAAUACUGUUCUUAGUAAUAAAAGUUAUCGUCAAAACAUGGAGAGGUUACGAAGCGUGAUGUAUGACCAGCCGCAAUCUCCUCUAGAGCGUGCCGUGUGGUGGACGGAGCACGUACUGCGUCACGGCGGCGCGAGACAUCUGCGUGGACCUGCAGCCAACAUGUCGUGGGCAGACUACCUCGAACGAGAAUUAGUAUUUACUCUAUUAGGAAUAGUUAUAAGCAUUGUUCUAGCAUUAUCAUUCCUUCUUUAUAAAUUGUGGAGAUGUAUGAAUCCAAGUGAAAGGCAAAAUAAAGUGAAGAAAAAUUAAUGCCUUAUAGUUAAA